AUGUCAGCAACAGGACUCCCAAGCCCGGCGCGGCUUACAAAGCGAUCAAGGGCAAGCGAUGCAGCACCCAGCAACAUGACCAAUACUAAGAAAGAAAGAGUGAAGCGCCGCCGAACCUCUACAGGCGAAGAAGGAUUAGGAGAGGGCUCCAAACAAGGAAGUGCUCUGGUCUUAUCGGAGAGUUUUCAACUUCACCAUGCCCUUUCCCCGCGCAACGAACUCGCCCAACGUAUCAGCGACAAGGGCGUGACCGCGUCGUCUAAGUCUUGGUCUUUAUCGCGGGGGGUCGCGGGACAAUUCUCCAGCUUAGAUCCUAUACUUACGCCUGACGAACAAUAUCUAUUCCUCAGCCUCGAGACAUGUAUCCACGUUUAUUCCGUUGCAACUUCGCGCCUUUUUCGCAUUUUAGAGCCAAGCGCCUCCGAGACUAUAAUUAGUUUUCGCCUUUCUCCUACAAACCAGGAACGCCUUCACAUAAUCACUUCAGCCGGUUCCGUGAGUGAGUGGGACUGGUCAACCAACAAGCAGCUCGCGUCAUGGAGUACGCAGCACAAGACCAUCGCGGCACACGUCGUGUCUGAAAACACUGCGGACGAAGAAGGCUCGCGCAUAUUGCUCUUUUCGUUACGAGAGCGCAAGGAUGGGAAGAGGGAGCUAGCAGUUACACCUUUAAAUGGGGGGGAGCCCCAGAGCACCUCUGUGCUUGAGACGAACAUUAGGGUUGAGGAAUUUAGAGUCAUCGGGAAUGGCCGAAUUGCAGUCGUAUACGGCGGAACACACUUAUUUGUCGGAAGCUCGUUCCAUGCGCAGGGCUCGGAGCUCUCGAAUUACGCUUGGAGAGAGGUCAAAUUAGGCGUCAACAUCUCAUGCGUCGACGUCAAGCAGCACCGGACUCUCAAGCAAACUCACCGACGUGUUUCUGGGACUAAUAGACUUCCUAAUUUCGAUCUAGCCGUGGGUUGCGCGGACGGUUCAAUGCUUGUUUAUCAUGGUGCUCUAAACCUGCUCGGCAAAUCGAGCAAACAUGAUGAAGAUAAAAAACUGGCUCCUAGGCGCCUGCAUUGGCAUCGUGAUUCGGUAACAGCUGUGCACUGGUCAAGAGACGGAAACUACCUCAUCUCAGGCGGGCAUGAGUCGGUCAUGGUUUUGUGGCAAUUGGAUACAGGCAGAAAGCAAUUUCUCCCCCAUUUGUCCUCCCCGAUUUGCAAUAUAGUUGUCUCUGAGAGCGGAAACUCGUAUGCUGUCAAACUGGCCGAUAACCGUGUCGUUGUGUUGUCAGCAAGAGAGUUGCAGCCCAUGGCCACUAUCAUUGGUUUGCAGCUGUGUACCAAAGCACCGAAGACAGCGCUUCAGGCUCCCGCAAAGUCUUUUCAGCCAUCGAGAGCGGUUGCAGCGGCUUUGCAUCCCCAGCAUCCGGAGCAACUGCUAAUAACUGUCCCAGCCUCUCACCAAAUCACACAAGAUAGCAUCGCACUCACAAGUGCCCCGGUCCUUCAAACUUAUGACAUUCGCUCCAACACCCACAUAUCACGACAAGCCCUCGCACGAACCAAUGCAACGACACUAAACAUCAGCCCUGACGGGAACCCCAUACUCACCCCCGAUAUCAAGCACAUGUCAAUUUCGCAGGAUGGAAAAUGGAUGGCCACUGUGGACAGUUGGAGUCCGUAUCCUCAAGAUAUGGAAGCGCUUGACCUGAAAUCGAGUGUUCGCUCCGAGUAUGAGGAACGUUAUAUAAAGUUCUGGCGCUGGAGCGAGUCUUCUUCCCUUUGGGAGUUAGUUACUCGUAUCGAUAAGCCACAUCUUUCUGACAAGGGCUCCGCGUCCGUUCUGAGUAUGUCCUCCCGGCCGCAUAGCCACGAAUUUGCGACAAUAGGAUCGGACGCUCUACUGCGAAUGUGGCGGCCCAUUAUCAGACAGCGGUACGGACGAAAUAACGACAACUCAGAGCAGGUGCCGGAAACUUGGAAGUGCCGGAGUACAGUUGAUUUGAGUGGUUACUUUGAGAGAACCAGCGCCCACCACCCGGCCUCUUUGAGCUCAGCCUCAGUCUGCUUCUCAGAGGAUGGCUCAGUUCUCGCUAUCUGUCUACAGUCGAUAUCCACGAACCCUGGGCUCGCGAUUCUUCUCGAUGUACAAAGUGGCGGUGUUAGGCACAGCAAGGCUGGCGUCUACUAUGGAGAUAUUUGUGCAACAUCCUUCCUAGGAUGUCAACUCAUUAUCGCCACAAAGCGAUCGGUUUUCGUCUGGGAUACGGUUAACGACGUGGUAAAAUCCACAGAUUCGCCAGAGGUGCAAUCACUUAAUGGUGAUAGUGGCCAACGCCUGCUUGCUGUGAAUCAUAGAACACACACCUUCGCCAUUACAUCCACAAAAAUUGCUCAGAAGAAGGCUGGGACGAAUAAAUUUCGCAAGUCCGGGUACACAGUCCAGGUGUUUGACAUGGGUUCUAUGUCAUUACUCUCUCGUACAAGAUUGUCGAAGGAGCCCGUUGCGCUACUUUCGAGCUCCCACUCUGCUGAAUAUGUUGUUGUUGAUGCAGGUGCCAGUAUUCAACAACUCAGCUGCCUGGCUAAAGCAUCCCAGCCUACUCACACUGAUGGUUUGAUCGAGUCUACUGAUCUGGGAUUGGAGGGCUUGUUUGGACGCCAAUCCACAGGCGCGACUCAGAAGCCGUUGGCGCCAGUAGUAUCCACCGGGAAUACCCAGCCAUCAGAACGAACUGGGCUGGCGAGUGUCUUUGGCGAUACGCCUCCCUUUGUUCUUCCUCCUUCUCGCAUAGUUUUCCGUGAUCUCGUCAAAGCUCUCACAGCCUAG